AACAGCCACAGAGCACAAGCCAGCACUGGGAAAAGCCUCUGCCUCCAAGAGCAGGAACCAUGAAGAUCAUCCCAGUUUUGCUAUUCCUGGCCCCCCUGGCUCUCCCAGCUGCAGCUGACAGGGAUUUUUUCUCCGUCGGUUCCGCGGGAUCUCCGGAAACGAAAUCGCGAUUUGCGAUGCUGGACGAUGUCCGGAUCUUGGCCAACGGGCUCCUCCAGCUGGGCCACGGCCUCAAAGACUUUGUUCACAAGACCAAGGGCCAGAUGAACGACAUCUUUCAGAAACUCUACAUUUUUGACAGGUCCUUUUACGAGCUCUCCCUGCAAACCAGCGAAAUCAAGGAGGAAGAGGAACAGCUCCGGCAAACCACGGCCAGGCUGCAGCUCAACAACGAGGAGAUAAAGAACCUCUCGCAGGAGAUGAACCUGAAGAUUGAAGACCUCAUCCAAAACAAAAACCAGCUGCAGGAGCAAGUGUGGGGACUGGAGGACAAGGUCACCAAACUGGCCAUCAUCCAGCCUUCGGUGCAAGAGACAAAAGAAAUUUCUUCACUCAAAGCUUUUGUGCAGCAGCAGGACAGCGACAUCAAGCAGCUCCUCAAAAUCGUGGAGGACCAGCACGUGCAGCUGGACAGGCAGCACAGCCAGAUCAUGGAGCUGGAGGACAAGCUAAACCACAUCGAGCUCCAGGAGCUCCUGGAGAACUCCUUCAUGGGGGAGGAGCAGGAAGCAGAGCCCAUCCCCUCUGCUGUGCACAAACCCACGGCUGGGACACACAGAGCUGAUGGUGCUGCUGCUGACUGCACUGCUCUCUACCACACUGGGGUGCAGGACAGUGGGGUCUACACUAUCCAGCCCAAUGGCUCAGAACCUUUCAAUGUCUACUGUGAGAUGAAAUUUGGCACAUCCUGGACUGUAAUCCAGAGGAGAGUGGAUGGAUCGCUGGAUUUCAACCAAACUUGGGAUGCCUACACCAAUGGUUUUGGUGACCUCAAUGAGGAAUUCUGGCUGGGCCUGAAGAAGAUUUACUCCAUCACCAAGCAGGGCAGUUACCUGCUGCGGAUCGAGCUGCAGGACUGGAGGGGGAACAGGAGGCACAUCGAGUACAGCUUCAGCCUGGGGGGCCCCAGCACCAACUUCAGCCUGCAGCUGGCCAGGAGGGCAGGGAGCAUCCCCAACGCGCUGCCCGAGCGCGCCCCGCUGCGCUUCUCCACCGCGGACACGGCCCCGGCCUCCAGCUGCCCCCAGAGCCACCUGGGAGGCUGGUGGCACAGUGAGUGUGAGGAAACCAACCUGAACGGGAAAUACGUCACACCAAGGUCCAGGGGAAGGCUGGACAGAGGAAAAGGCUUAUACUGGAAGCCUAAGAAAGGAAGAUACUACCUGCUCAAGUCAACCAAAAUAAUGAUCCACCCAACAGACUUAAAAAGCUUUUGACUGAGUGCUCAACCUGCAGCAUUUUAACUCAGAACAAACACACUGAACUUUAGCACACCAAAGGACUGUGUUACCAACAGAUGCCAUGUCCCAGUCCAUGCCCUGCAUGGAGUUUCUCCAAAACAUAAACCUGAGGCAUCUGAGAUGGUCUUACAAAAUGUGUGGUGAGUAUUGUCAUUCCCUCAAGCCCCAGUGUCAAUGUGCUGCAAUUUUUCGUGGAGCUUCUCCCUCCCCAGGAUGAAAUUUUAAUGCCUAGGAGCCAACCUGUCACAUAUUGGAUAAUAUUGUUUGGGGGAAUGGGUUUUCAGGCUGUGCAUUCCUUUCUGGGUUGUGUAGUAGGGAAAAGAAAAGUUUUUUCUGGGAACAAAGGGCUGGCAAAACCUUAUGAAAAACAUUUAGGG